AUGGCGGAUUCAAGCGUUUGGAAGUACCGAGCGUCAGAUGAUGUACAGUGCGAUACAUCCGUCAAUGUUACGACACGACGAGGGACUUUGGUAUCCAAAUAUGAUGAAGGGAGACCGUCAGUCCAUGACGCGCAAAACGAAUUUGAUGAAAAAUCAGAGCUCACGUAUCUGGGGUGCGGAGACAUUGCGGAACUGACAGCAUCGUCAAGUCGCCUCUCUCUUGUCUCAUCUAGAACAACUACAUCAUCUGAAGAAGAGACAGACUGCUCUGAAUACACAUCGUCUAGAGAGGGCUCUCCGGCUGUUUCACAGAUUCCCAGCCAGGUAGUCUCCGCGAAGCGGCGACUCGUGGAUGCUAUCAUGAAAGAGUUCCAGAAAGUCUUCAGCGCGACCCUCCGAAACCAUGCCACCAAUGGAACCAAUCCAAGUUCUAGUGGCAGUGCAACAGGGCAUCCUCCAGGUGCAUCCGCAUAUUCAGACACUUCAUUCAUAUCCAGGAAGCGCAGCUUGAGUGGAGAUGGCUCAACUCCCCCAGAUGAUGGCGACGAUUCAAAUAAAAGACGUAGGCCAGACUCUGUAUCUAAAGGCAAGCAGCCUAUUUCGGAACUGCGAUUCGCAUGCCCUUAUUACAAGCGCAACCCAGGUAGACAUCAAACCUUCACAUCUUGCAGGGAUCCAGGCUUCACUACAGUCGCGAGAUUAAAGGAGCAUUUGUACCGGCGACACUUACUACCACCACAAUGCCAUCGUUGCUGUACAACCUUCACCAAUGAUGUUGCACUUCGAGAACAUCAACGCGAUCCGAGUGGUUGCGAACUGCGUGAGCAGAUACCGCUGGAAGGUUUUGACAAAGAACAAGAGAAAAGGAUGAAAAGCAAGAAAGGCAGCCAGAUGCACCACAGUGAAAUAGAGAAGUGGAAAGCUGUAUACCGUAUCUUGUUCCCAGAUGACAAUGAUGCAGAUAUGCCAAGUCCUUACAUCGAAUACAAACGUAAUACUGCGAAUGCAGCCGAGUCAUCGAACAGCGCCCGGUUCCAAGAGUUCUCGCGUCUCGAGCUCCCACGUCUCGUACGCCGUACACUAGAGAGUAUAGUAGAACAUGAGGCUCAACCACUGGAGGACAGGCUGAAAGAACGACUAGUGGACAUUGUUAGGCAAUGUCAGAUGCAGCUUGAGACAAUGUUUCAAACAGCUGCUGGGCCAAGCAAUACGAGGGUAGAAGCUACUCUGAGCUCGAGAGCUAUACUGUCGGAGCAAAUCGUUGAGCGCCCCAUUGAUGCGCAUCUACCUACCACGCUCAGCGACUCUGUAUCAACAGAUUUGCAAACAAAACCAGAAGUCAAGCCAUCUCAACUACAGAUCUACGAACCGUCUUGUCAAGGCGGAGGAGUCCCUGAGAUAACCGAUCCCAUAUCUGAUUCUUCAGAUUCGGGCUACGACUCUAUCAGCAUAGCUGCUUUGUCCGCUACCGGUGUCCAUAACGAGUUGCCUCAGGAACACUUCGACCCAAAUCAGUAUCUUGAUCUCAGCGAUUACCCACACUUUCCUGAAGUGACAACGGGUACCACGGUACAAUCGACGCAGACAGACGCCAAUGACGACCAUUCUAUGUGGUUUCUUGUAGAUAAAUUUCCAGGUACCAACCAUGCAGACUCGGACGAGCUGGACUGUGUGCAUGGGUUAGAUCACGUCUGGUAA